AUGGAUGAGAAGUGGAAGCUAUCAUCAUCAAAGAAGGAAACUGGUUCAAGCAGCAGCAACAACAGCAGCAACACCAACAAGUCAUUAUUCUCAAGGAGUUGCUCAACAAGAGGAUCUUCUUCUUCAAACUCCCCUCUAUUGAGGAGAAGUUCCUCCACAUCAAAGUGCAAUAGUAACAAUCUUAAUAAUCUCCAUAGGAGCUUCUCGCAGAAGAAUAAUAGUAACAGUAACAGUAACAACCCUUCUAUUGGAAGGAAAUGCACCAAGAUAGCUAAGGAACAAAAGGCAAGAUUUUACAUCAUGAGAAGGUGUGUGGCCAUGUUAGUUUGCUGGCACAAGCAUGGUGAUUCUUGAAGAAAGAAACAAGAAGAAGAAGAAGAAGAAGCUAAGUCUAUUUUCCACAGAGAUCCCUUGUUCAGAUUUUAUGGGUUGAGUUUGCAAUUUGGACAAGUUUCUUUUUUUAACUAUCUCAACUACUA